AUGGUUGUUGGCUCACCAAUUGGAGACUCGAGCUCAACAAUUGGAUUAGGAGACAGUUGGGGUGUAUCAGGAGACAGUAUAAAAGGAGACAGUAAUAAUAAUAAUAAUAAAGGAGACACAUUAUUAAAAAUAUCUGAUUUAGGUCCUGCAGAUAGAUUUAGGAGAAUAAUAGAGGAAGAAGAAAGAUUAUUAUGUAAUAAUGAUGAUGUAUCUCUUGAAUUACCUGCUACUGCUGCUGCUGCAGCAGCAGCAGCAGCAACAGCAACAGCAUCUCCAUCUGCUGCUGUAGCGGCAGCAAAUUCAUCAAUUCUUUAUCCAGUAUAUACACCAAAUAAUAGAGGAGGAGGAGGAUAUUAUUCUAUACAUGGACAUGGAGGACGAGGAUCAGGUGCAGCAGCAGCAGCAGCAGCAACAAGAAAAAAAACUGCUGCUGCUGCACUUAGUAUUAUGCCCUCUGCUGCCUUAUUCUCUCAAUUAUUAUUUGGCUCAAAAAUAAAAAAUAAAGUUCUUAAAGAAGAAAUUUUCUUCAAGUCUUUUGAUCAUUAUGAUUAUUUUGAUGGUAUUGAUAAAAAAUAUAAAACAGGAUUCAUGACUCCAGACUCCUUAUUAUCAACGGAUGGUGGAGAGAGACCGCUGUCUCCUUUAUAUCCAACAUCCCCUACAUUGGAUUUCUCAUCAUCAGCAAGAGCAGCAGCAGCAGCAUCAGGAGAGAGAGGAAGAGAGAGAGAAAGAGAUAGAUCAACAGAUUUACGAUUAGAGGGUGGUGGCGUCGUCGUCGUCUGCAUCGUCGUAUCAGCAGCAGCGGCAGCAGCAGCAGCAGCAGCAGCAGCAGCAUAA